ACACACAGACAAAUCUUUUUCUAAAUUGGUGUUUUCAAACUCUGCACUCCCCAGCAGCUUCAGAUUACAAUUUCUAAUCCCACACACAAAUCCACACACUAAAAUCGACGAACAAAAAUGGUAGGGGAAGAGAAAAGGCAUCAGAUGAUGCAAAACUUGUUCGGCGACCAAUCAGAAGAAGAGGAAGAGGAGGAGGAGGAAGAGGUUGAAUCUGAGCACGAAUCCAAUCGCCAACCUGAUUACGCCUCCGACGAAGGGGAUGGAGGACCAGAACCUGAAGAUAAAGGUGAAGAAGCAGAAGUUGAGAUUGAGGGUCAACCUCAGGAAGUGGAUCAUAUAAUCGGAGAGAGCGAGAAUGAGAAACACCAAAGUUCUCAAGAAGUUGAAAUAGGCGACCAAAGGGAAGAGAGUGAAGAAAGGUACUCGGAGAGUGACGAAGAGGAUUAUGGCCAACCCGUUGUAACAAGCAAAAGGCGUGAUGCAGUUGUCAGCGGAUCAGAAGAAUCUGCCGAGAACAACUAUGCUGCUAAUGAGGAUGAAGAAGUCAAUCACGCUAGGACUCCUAGUCCUAGAUCACCUGGGGAUGAGAAGGACGAGGAUCAAUUUUUGAAUUCAGCUCCGGAGAUUCGCGAUGUUUUUGGGGACUCUGAUGAUGAAGACCAAGCAGAAUAUGAAGCUCAGAAUCAGAUAGAAGAAGAUGAAAAUCAAUCGCCCGUCGAUGAAGAGAGGAAUUAUGAGAAAGAACUGAGGCCAGAGGAUAUAAUACACGAUGAAGAUGGUCCGUACUACUCUGAAGAAGAGCAGGCCGAGGCUAAGCUCAAGGAAAAACCAACUGGUCCGCCACUGGAGUUGGAAAUUCCUCUGUGCCAACCUCCAGCUGAAUCCAACAAGAUGAAUAUGAUCAAAGUUUCUAAUAUAAUGGGGGUAGAUCCUAAACCUUUCGAUCCUCACACAUAUGUGGAAGAGGAUCUUUAUGUAACCGACGAAUCUGGAUCACAAAAGCGGAUACGGCUAGAGAAUAAUGUUGUUCGGUGGAGGAAGGUCAAAAAACCAGAUGGCACAUCAUCUAUUGAAAGCAAUGCUCGCUUUGUGGAAUGGUCAGAUGGGAGUCUGCAGUUACUUAUUGGAAACGAAGUGCUUGAUAUAUCUAAGCAAGAUGCUCAACACGAACAAGCACACCUUUUCGUCAGGCAUGGAAAGGGUAUUCUCCAAUCUCAGGGUCGAAUUUUAUCAAAAAUGAGGUUUAUGCCAUCAUCCUUGACUUCAAAAUCUCAUCGUUUAUUGACCGCACUUGUUGAUUCACGCAACAAAAAGGUUUACAAAGUCAAGAACUGCGUCACUGACAUCGACCCUGAGAGAGAGAAGGAGAAAAAAGAGAAGGCUGUUAGUCAAUCAAUUAAAGCUACUGAACUUCUUAGUCGGAAGAAGGAGAAGGUAACCCGUAAAUAUACGCAACCCAUCCGUAGGGAGCGUCAGCUUUCGCCUGGUUUUCUCGAGGAUGCACUUGAAGAGGAGGACGACCAAGAUUAUUAUGGAUCUCGGAGAUCUUCUGGUCGCCAUCGCUUCGAGGAAGACCUAGAAAUGGAAGCUCGAGCAGAGAAGCGCAUGCUCAAUGCAAAGAAGGGACAUGGGCCUAAAGAUGUACCUCGCAAGGGCGCCUCGUCAGCUGCUAAAUCAUCUCGAUAUCCGGUGGACUUUUCCGAUAGUGAGAAGGAGGAGUCUGAGUACGAGACUGAAGGGGAAGAAGAAGAUGAACGUUCACCACCACGUAGAAGCAAUCAAGAAGAUGAUGUUGAAGAAGAUGAAGAACGUGAACAAGGAGAGGAAGAAGAGACUUAUGCAGAAUCAGAAGAAGAGCAGGAACCCAAGCAGAAGAGUAGGGAUUCAAGAGGCAGCCUAAAAAGGAAGGAGAUUGAGUCAGAUGAGGACUCUCCUCCAAGGAAAGCUACAACCCAUCGGCGAAUGAAAAUGGUUUACGAGAGCGAUGACGAAUAAGACGACGAUUUUUAAUCUUACAAGAUAUUAUUAUCUUACUCUCUCUCUCUCUCUCUCUAUCGCAAGACUUUCCGCAACUUGCAUCUUCAUGUGUACACUUUGCUAGAUUUUAUAGAGAACUAUUACAAAUUUUCUCUUAAAGGUAUAUCUACAUAUAUGCAAUUUAAUGCA